GUACGGAAUUCCGCACGAGGAGACUGAGGCUUUUAUAAGGAGCAGCUGAUGCAACAGCUACUGCAAAGCGCAGUGGCCACCGCAGCUAUGAAGUCGUACACACUGACUGUCCUCGUAUUGGCGGCGCUCGUAUGCUGUGCCUCAUCAGAGGAAUGCCCUACCUUCUGCCCACAAAACUACCAGCCAGUGGCCGCCCUGUGUGGCUCCGAAAUCAGGGAGUUUGGAAAUCGCUGUGAAUUGGAAGCACACAACUGCCUGCACAAUAACGAAUGCAAAGGCUGACGUUACCAGGAGCGAUACGACGCCAGCAGUACUUUGUUGGCUGAUGCAUCAGUCGAAGAAAUGGUUGAGAGACAUUUUUAGAGGUUUUGUGAUUUGCUGACGGAAACAGAUCAAUUGCAGAAAUUAAAAACAGAAAUGUGGGCGUGUUAUUUUCA